AUGGCCAAGAUCGAUGCGGCGGAGGGGGAGUCCGCUUCGUGUCCCGCGCCGCUAAACCAAGGGCCGGUCGAGGCUCGCUCGCUGUCCUCCAUCACCGCAAUCGCAUCAAAUCCUCCAAACUACCCUCGCAAUCCGGCACAGAAGAAGCUCGAUCCGUUGGUACUGUAUAUUGUGAGGGUGCCUGGAAGUAAAGACGUCUUUCUUACACCUCUUAAACCACCCACAAAGUCCAGCGUCUCGGCUGAAGCGAUCAAUGCAUCCCUCUACUACCUCCAUGUUGCGUCCCCCGACGAUGAGAUCCUCCUCCAAGAAUACGAGCAGGAGCGCGAGGAGCGCGCGCGGCUACGCAAAGAAGGGCUUAUUGACGACGAUCCGGACCUGCCGAUACCGCCGCUUGAAGUCGCGCGCUUGAAUAAUGUUCGGCGUAAACCUGUUGCUGUUGCUGGCACUGGCGGCGGCGCUGGGAUGAAGGAUACAGAAUCCCCCACUACCGCACCUUCGUCGCCAGUGAAGCGGCGUCCUCUGCCUUCGGAAUUGCCAGUUCAGGAGGGGGAAAAUAAAUCGUCGCUUCUUAUAGGUGAGGAGGCGUCGCCUGUGCUGCCCCCGCGGCCGACCUCCUUCAAUGUGCCAAACCAGGCUGGAGCAGUAGAUCAGAUGUCGCCAGUUCUACCUCCGCGCCCCGUCUCUAACACGCCCCUUCCAGCAAAUGGACUAGAGUACCCGCCACCCAUGCCCCCACGCCCAUCGCCUAGUGUUCCAGCGUGUGAGGCAUCUUCUGACAAGCGUGCAUCGCCGAAAAAGAAUAACCGCUGGAGUGCGCUGUCUGGAUAUAUCUCUAAUCAUAUCCAGCGCGGUGACAGGCAUGAAGCGGCCUCCCCACUUCGUCACAGCUUUGAUGUCUCCCGCCCGCAGAUGCGCCCUUCUUCGUCGCAUGAUCUAUUUGCGCCGUAUUCUCCGCCGGGGUACUCUUCCAGAAGUCCUGGGCAGUCUCCUACUCGGCGACCACGCGAUAGCGCUUCUCCGCUGCAGCCUCAACCAGGCUUUCAUAUCACCCUGAUCCGCCGUGACCCUAGCCACGGAAGCCAGUGGAAUGUGGCAACCAUGUCCACGCCUUCGGCAGACAGUACUGGCAUAGAUAUUGAUGUGUCGACACCAGGGUAUAGCCGGUUCGCGGGACAAAAUGAGCCUUUCUCACUUGAUUCCCUCGGCUUGAACUUACCCGCUGAAGCUCGCAAUCUACUUAGCCGACAUCCAAACAUUGUCUCCCAGUCCGAUUCGCCAGACACCACCUCGGCUCCACGCGAUCCGUCACAACCUCGACGCUUUCAUCGCAAGCUUCUUGUGUCGAGACCUCACAACUUGGAAGACGCUCGCAACUCGCGCGGGUCUCUAGACGUAUCUGGAGGGCGCCCCUCAAUGGAUAGCAUCUCCGGUAGUUCUAUCAACUCACACCAACCAGCAUCAUCUAAGCUCAAGAGCGGCUAUUAUACGUUUACAUCACCCUGGAAUGGCACCUGCACGUUCUCAGCCAGCGUCAACGGUCGAAGUCUGAAAUGCAAGCAUAUGAUCCCCUCUCCGGGGCUUCCCAACUCUAAUCACGAUAACCCUGCUGUGACUGUGGCAGAACUACGCUUCAACACCCCUUUCCAAACCGGUCAUCUUCAGUACCCUGGAUCUUCACAUGCCUCUCCGUUUCUCCUCAGUCAAACUACUCUUCUUAAAGAUCCCUCAGCAAAUCCCGACCCCUCGGCUCCGUAUUAUUUCGAUCCUUCAUCACCGCCCCCUUCCAAACGCGCCGCUAUUGCCAACCUCAUCAACCAGAGAUUGAACCGCAGGCUGUCAAAUAGCAGCUCAAGUGACGGAGGGGGCAACGAAGCGCCUCCACCACUACCCACCCGUCCUCCUCCAAGCGAUCAACGCAUCGAUCUUUCGCUUGCGCGUGAGAAAGCUGGCGGAGGCAUGCGUGGCGACAGUGCUAAAUUGGGUAAGCUCAUCAUCGAAGAUGAGGGUAUCAAAAUGCUUGAUUUGGUGGUUGCCGCUUCCAUGGCUGUCUGGUGGAGGGGGUAUUAUUACUAG